AUGGCAUCCGCCUCCACCUCCACUUCCGCCCCUGCGCCCGCCCCGGUCCCGGUUUCGGCGCCACAACCACACCCCGCAUCCUUCGACACGAGCUACCAGGACACUUUCGACGCCCCCGGGCACCUGCGCGAGCCUAGCACACACGUUCGCUGCGCCGCGGCGGGCCCGUCGCGCGCAGCGUACUCUGCGCCCUCCCGAACUGGCCAAUCUCGCAUCGCGGCGGCGCGCCCGCGAGCGCAGAAUGGGCACAAGCCACUCCCGCCCGGCGGUUUCGCAGCGACUCUGCGCGAACACGUCUUAUUGCGCGCGGGCGAGACGAAGACGGCCGAUUCGACGUACGGCAGCGAGCUCGAGUGUGACGUCCAAGGGCACGGGGACACGGGGAGAAGCUGCACUGGGGUACGGGCGCUUAACGGCGCGGAGGCCGUCGAACGAGUGCACCCGUAG